AUGAAGGAGGUAAUUGAUAAAUCAGAACUGCAGAACAAGCCUUUAAUAAUGAUGAAUACGACUAUCAUUACGGGAUCGUUAACCGCAGGAAUCUCGUUAGAUGAUCCUGAUUUCUUUACUUUGGACCGCGAGUGGACACUGUUAAAUUUUCUGUUAUAUCGACAAAAAUGUUCUGAUUUCUGUGCCGACAAGCAUGAAGAACACAGCCGGUAUACUCGUAGCCUUGCUAUAUUACUUUUUGGUGUUUUGUUGGCAGUGGACGGGUCUCAAAGGGCAAUAGCCUUUUUGGAUGGGGUUGCGAUCUGCGUUCAACCACCCAACAUCCUUGGUUGCGAUCGGGGAUGGUUAGUUGCGACUCGGGUGAAGGAAAAAAAGUCAAAAUCGAUUGAUAACUUCUGGAAGACGGCUACGUUAGCGCAAGAGAAGAAAGUGGCAAAUGAAAUCGAACGUUCAGUUUUGUUGGAUGAACUCGCUACAUCCGCUGUACACUCAACCCUUCAACGUGAUAGGCAAGAAAGUUUGGUUCGAGAAAAAGUUACAAGACGAUUAGAGAGUAUAGAUGAUGAUCGCACGUACAAGUGUCACAGGUCACAGUCUCCGAACAUUGAGGUAGUUGAAUGGCCAGCUUUUAAUAUGAAAUUUACUUCUUACCUUUCCCAUCUUCGACGUGUUUAUCAGAAUAAUCAAAAAGAAAAUAGCACGGAAACGAUUAAUAAUGAACAAAAUUUAGGUGAAAAGCGAGUUGGGGAAGAACUCGUGAAACAGUAUGAUUUGAGAGAACGACAAGAAAUCAACUAUGCCGAAAUUUCAAGCUCAGACAUUGAUCCACAUCAU